CAGGUCCGCGUCGCAGGGCUGUCGAUCCUGUGCGCCAUCACCACCUGCUCCGCGCAGCACGGGGGCAUGCUGAAGCUGCUGCCCAGCUUCGAGCUGCUCGCCAGCGACGAGUGGUGGGAGGUGCAGGCACAGCUGCUGCUGCUCUGCGCCAGCCUGCUCAACAGGAUAGCCGUCAGCAGCCGCCACGGCGGCCCCGACGCGGGCGAGGGCGCGGAGGAGCCGGCCUCGGCCGAGGAGGUCGACUGCCUCAUGGCGGUGGUCAGCCGCCUGUUCCUCGCGAGCGGGUCCAAGAACGUGCUGCAGGUGGGCCUGACCGCGCUGGUGCACGUGCUGCAGGACUACCCCACGCUGCUGCCAGUGUACGUGUCCGUGCUGCUGGAGCAGCCCGCCAACCUCCGGCAGAGGCUCCUGCGGCUCCCGGAGGAUGCGGAGGGCGGCGAGCUCGGCAUGACCAGGCUGGCCUACGUCGCGGGCAGCUCCAGCAGGAUGUACGACGAGACGUGCAUCAGCGCGGUCUGGCCGCACCUGGACGUGGCCAGGACGCUCGCCAGGCAGCUGGAGGCCUCGCAGGAGCCGCGCUUCGAGCUCGAGCACGCGCAGGUGCUGCUGGCCAGCCUCCUGCCCCCCGAGUUCGAUGAGCGCCGGCCCGGGAGAGUGGCUCUCGAGGUCUUCGAGAAGGUGAAGCAGUACGUCUUUGCCGCCCUCGCCGACCCGGACCUCCACCGCCUCGGCGCCCAGAUCAUCGAGCGCUUCUGGCUGUCCUCGGUGGAGCCGCUGUCCUCCGCGAGCAUGGCGGGCUCGCGGGGGCCCUUGCUGCAGACCCUGCGGCUCCUCCACGCCGCGCCCGGCCGAGCUGCGGCCGAGGGGGCCUCCCUGGCCCAGCUGCUGCGGGGCACCGCGGGCGGCGACAGCGCCGCCGCCGCGGAGGUCGCCGGCAUCCUCGAGGCCUUCCGCGAGACCUACCCCGCGGAGUUCGAGCGCUCCCAGCUGGGGGAGCUCCUGCGCUGACGGGACGCGCCGGGUAGCCCCGCGCAACCAGCCUCGGAUCGCCCGCGUCGCAGGCGGAGAGGAGGAGGAGGAGGAG